AUGCCUAAGCCCAAGGCAUCGUCAUCCUCCAAGCGCCCAUCCCAGAUAUCCUCUGCACCCGCGCCGACAAAAGCACCACCUCUAUCGCCGCCCGCCUGGCCGCAGUUCAAGCCGCCGCUGCCCGUCGCCGACCUCACGCCGCAACUGCACCCGGCCACGCCCAGAAUCGCCCUCGUCCCGUCCUUCUUCCCGCGCUCCCUGUGCCGCGACUAUGUGGCCUUUCUCCGCACGCUCCCGCUGCAGACGACGCCGGCGCGGCCGAAGCGCGGCGAUGCGGUGCGUGUCAACGACAGGCUGCAGGUCGAUGAUGCUGCCUUUGCGGGGCGCUUGUGGGAACACACGGGGCUGAGGGAGGCUCUCUCCGAGAGCGCCCAUGUCAGAGACUUGUGGGGCGGGGAGCCCGUUGGACUUAGCCCGAAUAUCAGGGUAUACCGCUACUCCAAAGGGCAAUACUUUGACUGUCACUACGACGACCACAACGACGUGACCCUCCCGACGGAACCGCCCACGCCUGCCCGCACCACCUGGACCUUGCUGCUCUACCUCACCUCGGCGGCAGAGGGCUGCGUCGGCGGCGAGACGGUAUUUUACCCCCAUGACCGGAAGUCGUCGGCCGAGGAGAUUGCCGUGCCGCUGGAGACGGGGAUGCUUCUUCUCCAUAAGCACGGUGCCGACUGCCUGCUGCACGAAGGCCGCGAAGUGACGGCAGGGGAGAAAUGGGUCUUGCGCACCGAUCUUUGCGUCAGAUGGUGA